AACGAAUAUAUUGAAGAAUGCUUAUCUAAAUUUCGCUCGUGACCGUUUUGACAUUUUGAGAAUGUUGCCUACCCAUGAUAUGCAAGCAGUGGUUGAAAAGGGAUGUCCUAAUCUAUUCCGGAAGGCUGUUAAUUCUGCAAAAAGGUUGAGAGUGUAUCUACAGCUCAAUGAAAGACAUGCAUGUGAUGCAUGCAAUUUGCGGGGCUCAUGUGAUAGGGCUAAUGUAAUAUUAAAAGAAUCUGAAGGAUCUGCACGUACAGUUGAUAUUGUACGUCUACUAGUUUUGUAUGCGUUGGAUCCACUUGUAACAUCACGGGACGAGAAGCCUCCUCCCAGAAGAGAACAAAUUGAAGCAUCUGUCAGAAAAUUGCUGUUGGAGUUGGUUGAGCUGAGUGAAACACCAAUAGACCCUAAACUAACAAAGCCUAUUCCCAUAACUUCUCCUGAAAUGGAACGAAGUACUGGUUACAUGGUUGACAAAGGCUUGGAAAGUGAUGAACUACAUGAACACUUAACGGGUCACAAGAAUAAGUUUAAUUCAGUAAGUUAUGGAAACAAUCCAAGGAUAAGUACAUGGAAAAAGGUUGGCAGGGACAAUGUUAAUAUGAAAAAAGGAGAUUGGAUAUGCUCCAAGUGCAACUUUAUGAACUACGCCAAGAAUAUGCAGUGUUUGGAAUGCAAAGCAGAGGCAUCAAAAAGAUUUUUUGGUGAUGAUAUUGAAAUGCGAAAAGGAGAUUGGAAGUGCAUAAAAUGCGAGUUCAUAAAUUUUGCCAGCAGAAGUAGCUGUAGAAUUUGCACUGAGCCACAGCCCAAUCAACAACCAAAUCUAAGUGAGGACAGACCGAAGAGAUUACUCGGUAAUAAUGAUACUGAAAUGAGAAAAGGAGAUUGGAAGUGCACAAAAUGCGAGUUCAUUAAUUUUGCCAGCAGAAGUAGCUGUAAAAGGUGCACAGAGCCACAGCUCAAACGUGGGCUGAAUCCCGGGGAGUGGAAUUGUCCCUCAUGUGACUUCUUGAAUUACAGAAAAAACAUGGUAUGCAAGAAGUGCAAUCAUGAGCGCCCCAGAGAGUUGCAGACUUAGAAACGAUAUGAAGAGCAGCUAUGGAAGAAGCCUCCUUGUUAAGUCGCUAUGCUAUACAGGGGGGAUCCGUAAUAUAUAUGAGCUGAAAUUUUACUUGUAAUUUUUGUUGGAGUUCAAACAAGCGAUAAUUGACUCCUUGGAUAUUUAAAGGUUGUGUAAGUUCACUUUGUGAAUUAAUAUUUCUCUCAUAUGCUCGUGUUAUAAAUUAUUCAAUUUAGGAAAAU